UAGCCAUCGCUGUUUCCAAUUUUAAAAAAGAUCAAAGACUAAAGAAGAAUUGCUUUUUGGAAUUCUUCCUGUAUUGCCUUUGAUCGGAAUAUUCCAACCCAUCAUCUUUCUAUUUUUCUUUAAAUUCAUAUCUACGUGCAUUGCACCCCUAGAUUACCUACGUCUAUUCGCUUGAGGAUUUUGUCGAAAUCUUCUGCUGAAUUUAGAAUAAUAAGUACCAAAUAAUAAGAGAAAAAAGCUUCUUUCGUUUUUCUCAUCUUCCAUUUAUCUCUACUCUUGCAUAUCCUGCUAGCAAACCCGUUUUAUAAAUUUUUCAUACUUGUUUUGCAUUCUUUCCAAUAUGAAAAUCUUUAAUUCAGGAUUCUUUUCUGCUGUUGCAGGUCUCACUUUGAUGGCGUCUUCUGCAAUCGCAGCUCCUGUUAUUCAUUCAAAUGAUAUGGAGAAUUUGCAUGCUGGCGUUCGUCCCGACGUUGCCGACUUUAUCAAGGGUGAUAGCAACAUCAUUCAUGAAAAGCCCAAGCCUAAGCAUCAUGCUCCUGCUGCACACAAUGGGGCCAACUCUGCUCCUUUGUUGUCUGCUACAAAUGCCGACACUGCCGGUUUGGAGUCUCAUUAUAUUAUCAUUUUGGACUCUUCUAUCAGCCAACAGGACUUGCAUGAGCAUACUUCAUGGGUUGAAGGAGUUCACCAAGAGAAUGUUAUGCAAAGCAACAACUACUAUGGUCCCGAAGACAGCAACUAUAUGUUUGGUUUAAAGCACAUUUACGACUUUGGUGAAAGCGCUUUCAAGGGUUAUGCUGGUCAAUUCAGCGCUGAUGUCGUCGAACAAAUUCGUCUUCAUCCUCAUGUUAUUGCCGUCGAACGCGACCAAGUUGUUACCAUCAAGGAUAAAAUUACCCAAAGCGGUGCUCCUUGGGGCCUUUCCCGUGUUUCUCACCGUGAGCAUUUGACCUCUGACACCAACGGCAAGUAUGUCUACGAUAGUUCUGCUGGUGAAGGUGUUACUGCUUAUGUUGUCGAUACCGGUGUUAACAUCCACCAUGUUGAAUUUGAGGGCCGUGCCAAGUGGGGUGCCACUAUUCCUGCUAACGAUGCUGAUGAGGAUGGCAACGGUCACGGUACUCACGUAGCUGGUACUAUUGCAAGCCGUGCUUAUGGUGUUGCCAAGAAGGCCAAGAUUGUUGCUGUCAAGGUUCUUCGUUCUAACGGUUCUGGUAGUAUGUCUGAUGUUAUUUCUGGUGUCGAAUGGACCGUCAAGGACCACACUUCUCAAUCCAAGGCUGGUAAGAAGACUGCUGUUGCUAAUAUGUCUUUGGGCGGUGGUAGCAGCUUCGUUUUGGACUUUGCUGUCGAUUCGGCCGUCAAAAAGGGUGUUGCUUAUGCCGUUGCUGCUGGUAACGAAUUUGAUGAUGCCUGCUCUUCUUCUCCUGCUGCUUCCAAGAAUGCUAUCACCGUUGCUGCUUCUAAUGUCAACGAUCAACUCGCCUACUUCUCCAACUAUGGCAAAUGUGUUGAUAUCAUUGCUCCUGGUGUAAACAUCUUGUCUACCUGGAUUGGUUCCAACAACCGUAACACCAACACUAUCUCCGGUACUUCCAUGGCUACUCCUCACGUUGCUGGUUUGGCUGCUUACUAUCUUGGAUUACAUCCCGACGAUAGUGCCACUGACGUUAAGAAUGCUCUCAUUAAACAAGCUACCAAGAAUGCCAUUAACCUUGCUGGUGUUUCGGACACUCCCAACCUCCUAGGUUAUAAUGGUGUUUAAAUUGAGAGUGUCUGAUUCUUAUGAUUGUUAUUACUAUUACUUAUGAAUCAAAGGAAUCCGUUGUUAAGUAUGAUGGUUCUUAUAAUAUAUUUGAAAGGUCGUCAUCUAACGAUGACAAACUAUCAAAUAUACACUUUCGCUUUUAUGAUCUAUGAAUUGUUAUGAAUAUUUUUAUUGACAUAAUGUGAACAAUGAUGAAGCUCAUAACGUAUGCUUAGAGUUUAAAUUUUAAAAUAAAACUUUUUUUUUCUAUUCAUUAUUGUAACAUGCUGAUUAUUUUACGUAAGAUAUGAUAUGGUUGGGAUUGAUCAUCAGUAAAAACAGGAAUAAUUGGUAGCAGGG